GAUUGUAGUGACGUCACGGCCUGUAACGUCGUAACGUGGCGGAUUAGUGAUUAAUAGGAGGGGCUGUCAAUUUUCGUGGUUUAAUGAUUUCUGUGAAACGGUUUGCAUAAAAGUUACAUCUAAUAUACGUACUAAUUUAGAUAAACGAGCCGAAAAAUGUCAUCCUCGGGCGAUUUCGGCAACCCAUUACGCAAGUUUAAAUUAGUUUUCUUAGGAGAGCAAAGCGUUGGGAAAACGUCUCUCAUCACAAGGUUUAUGUAUGACAGCUUCGACAACACAUAUCAGGCUACAAUUGGAAUUGAUUUCCUGUCGAAGACUAUGUAUUUAGAAGACAGAACGGUACGCCUGCAACUUUGGGAUACUGCAGGACAGGAAAGGUUCCGGAGUCUGAUUCCUUCAUAUAUACGUGACUCAACAGUUGCUGUGGUAGUUUACGAUAUCACAAAUGCGAAUUCCUUUCAUCAGACAUCUAAAUGGAUUGACGAUGUUCGGACAGAACGUGGUAGUGACGUAAUAAUUAUGCUUGUUGGCAACAAGACUGAUCUCUCAGAUAAACGACAGGUCUCCACUGAAGAAGGAGAACGGAAAGCCAAGGAACUAAACGUCAUGUUUAUAGAAACUAGUGCAAAAGCUGGCUACAAUGUUAAGCAGCUUUUCCGACGUGUCGCUGCAGCCCUUCCAGGCAUGGACUCUACUGAAAACAAACCACCAGAAGACAUGCAAGAGGUUGUGUUAAAGGAUACACCCAAUGAAGUGAAAAACCAAGAGGGAGGGUGCUCAUGCUUAAGGAAAGGUUACUGAAGUCUCCUUUUGCUGGAAGACUGGUUUGUUAUAAUUUACAUGGGAGCAAAAACACAUGGUUGCAGUACAUUAACACAACAUGAUCAGGUAUUAAAGUCAGUGCUCCUCAAAUGAGAUUUACAUGAAUUGUGUGUAAUUGUUUUGCUGUGUGCCAGCAGAAAAAUGCUUUCAGAACUAAUUUGUUCGUGGGCAUUGGCAGCUUGAGGAACUGUGGAAUUAAGUAAGGUUGUGUUUUCUUAUCCACUGAGGGUUAAAGCUGAUUGUCAUGCAGGUUUUUUAGUGAUCAACGGCAAGUACUUCCAUAAAAAUAUUGGAAAGAUGCAGACAAAUAAAAUUGUGUGCAGUGGCAUCUGUGCAUAUCCGCAUAAUUUGUGCGUAAAUGGCGUAGAAAAAUUUCUUUAAGAAAAGAAAUUCUAUGCAGACAAUAUACAAGCCUCACAUUUCAUUUGGGUAUGUUGCAGAACUUGUACGUUGAUGUCAGUUUAUCAAACUGUAUUGUGUCUUCAUUAAAAACAGUAACCUGUCAUUAUCAAUGGCUUUCAUCAUUUGUUUUGUAUAUGACUUGCCAUUUAUUAAUAUGAAUGCGCAUUGUACAUAAGUUAUUUUUAGUCCUCAGCUCUAAUUGUAGUAAUUAUUUCAUGUGUAAAUAAAAAUAGUAAAUCUGUGAAGCCUUCAGUAGUAUACAAAUCAUUCCAUUAUAUUGAACUAAAAGUUUUGCUUAAUAACUCAGUGUUACCUAAUCUGACUUGGCUUCAUUUGAGAGCUGAGAUAUUUUUAUUUAUAUAGUACCUGCAGAGAACAGUAUGUUGCCAUAGUAUGUCUUGUGAAGUGCAUUUUAAGAUGAAUCUUCAUUGCAGAAUUGAUUUCACUUCUGGAAAUUUUAUGCUUCAUAUGUAGAAAUCUGCAUGAAUUUUGUGACUACUGUUUAUAGUAGUUCAAUUAAUGUAAUUUUUACUUUUUACCAAAUUUUACAAAGCAAUUCUAUUAAUGCAUUGAGCAUUUCAAUCUUACCUGACUGUCUAAAACAAUUUAAACAGUAGGUAGAUAGAUUAAUGAUGUUUGGAGAUGUCUGUAUAUAGUUUUUCAGAAUUGAAAACUAAAAAAAAUUGUAAAGGUAGAUGGAAAUAAAAAUGUGAGACUUAAUUUAUUUUUA